AGCGCUGCCUCCGCCGCUGAAGCCGGUAGGAAGGCAGGGCGCGGGGGUGGGCGAAGAGAGACUCGCAAACAAAAGUCGUUGACGGCGCGUCAGAGAUAAAUGGUGAUAUGUAGGCAGCGCAACCUAUUAAAAUACAUUAUUGUAUUUAAUGGCUAUUUAUGACAACUGGAAAACUUCAUAUUCUGCCUAUUAUUAAUAGGAGAACAUAAGACACAGCAAAACCUAAAAAAGAAAGGAAGGAAGAAAAAGAAGCAGUUGUACAGAGAUGGAACUAGACAUUACCAAAGAUGAUCUGCCCCUAAUGGCCAAUACAAACCACAUACUAGUCAAGCAUUACGUGUUGGACCUGAAUGUAGACACAGAAAACCGUAUUAUUGGGGGCACCAUAGUUUUGUUCUUGGAAACUGACAGCAGGUACAGAAAAAGAAACGGUGAACACGUGGAAGAUGCCUGUCGUCCGAGAUCGGAUGAAGCCUGCCAUGGUCCUGUCUCAAAUGCAAGUGCCUGUUCAGCCAAAAGUGGAUGUAAUGAUUUUGCUGUCUGUGGUAAAGGUGAAAAUGAUACUUCUGAUAAAAACGGUAGCCAUGGCAACAGGGAACAGGCUUCUGGGAUUUCUAGUUCAAAGAACUGCUGUGACAUUGAGAUUCAUGGGAAUGAAGAUUUUUUGCUGGUCCUGGACUGCUGUGAUUUAUCUGUGUUAAAGGUUGAGGAGGUAGAUGUUGCUGUAGUUCCAGGCAUUGAAAGAUUUACAAGCUCUGCCAACUUAAGGGAUGCUUCUAAGAAUCCAAGGGAUCUUAGGAAUCAAAUUGUGCAUGAACUUGUGACAUUACCUGAAGAUCAGUGGAGGGAGCAGCUUCACUACUACCAGCACUGCAGCCAGGCACCUGCUUGUGGAGAGCUUCAAUUUGUUACUGGCACUUGGAGCUUGGAGCUCAGGAAAGCAGGAAUCCGACAGCCAAAGGACUUUCCCCAUGCCAUCAGGAUAUGGUACAAAACAAAUCCAGAAGGAAGAUCGCUUAGCUGGACUACAGACCAAAGUGACAGGCCAUGUGUUUAUACAGUGGGGUCUCCUGUAAACAACAGGGCCCUCUUUCCAUGCCAAGAACCUCCUGUUGCCAUGUCAACAUGGCAAGCUACAGUCCGAGCAGAUGCAUGCUUUGUUGUUUUAAUGAGUGGAGAAAAUGCAGCGGAACCAACAGAAUCUGAAGAAGGUGCAUUAAGUUGGUUUUAUUAUGUCACCAUGCCAAUGCCAGCAUCUACCUUCACUAUUGCUGUUGGAUGCUGGGCUGAAGUUAAAAGAAAAAUGUGUGCAACUGAUGUUCAGAGGAAUGAUGGAUUCUUUCCGCUGUUCUCAAAGGCGGAUGUCAGGUUGUUGGGACAAGCUUGCGGUCAUGUGCCAUAUCUGUGCCGUUUUCAAGAUCCUGCUGCUGCUUCCCAGGUUGUUAUUCCGCAUCGCAUCUUUGUUCCACUGUGCCUGAUGAAAUCUAGUGAAGAUAUUCUGACCCAGCUGAUUCCCCAGUGCCUCUCAGCUGCUUAUAAUCUGCUGGGUACUCAUCCCUUUUCCAGGCUUGAUGUUUUGAUUGUCCCAUCUAACUUUUGCAGUCUUGGGAUGGCCAGCCCACACAUCAUCUUCCUGUCACAGAGCGCGUUAUUAGGAGGAAGCCACCUCUGUGGAGCACGCCUGUGCCAUGAAAUUGCUCACGCCUGGUUUGGCUUGGCCAUUGGUGCACGUGACUGGACUGAAGAAUGGCUCAGUGAAGGAUUCGCCACUCACCUAGAAGAUGCGUUUUGGUCAGCAGCUCAGCAGCAGCUGCCAGUUGAAGAAGCAAAAGAGCAACGAGAACUGAAAGCCUUGCUGCGCUGGCAUCGCCUUAGAGAUGAGCUGCAGAACUCUGAAGAAGAUCUGCAGGUGUUAAGGCCCAAUAAAGAGAACACUGGCAAAGUGAGUGGAUCUGGAGCAUCUGUAGUCAAACAUGGUCUUAAUGCAGAAAAAGUCUUCAUGCAGGUUCAUUACCUGAAGGGUUAUUUCCUCCUAAGAUCUUUUGCAGAGAAAGCUGGAGAAGCUGUAUAUUUUGCUUUUUUAAGAAAGUUUGUGCAGGCCUUUCAUGGACAACUGAUACUCUCUCAGGAUUUUCUUCACUUGUUGCUGGAGGAGAUCCCACAGCUGAAAGGGUAUGGCCUAUCGGUUGAAAAUAUUUUCCAGAAGUGGCUUGACUGCUCAGGAAUCCCAAAGCCUUUGCUGGAAGAAUGUGAAGCUUGGAAGGGGUGUCGACUAGCCCAGCAAGUGAAGGAAGAGGUCGUAAAAUGGAUUCAAGUAAAUCAGAGAGCCCGAAAAAGAAGCAAAAGGAAAAGGCAACGUGAAGAAACCGCUUUCCAAAAGCUUUCCCCAGACCAGCUGGUCUUACUUCUGGAGUGCCUCUUGGAGAAGAAGACAUUAUGUUCAAAAAUGUUGGAAUGCUUACAGAAAACUUGCCACCUCCGUGAGCAGGAUGCAGAGGUUCGGCAUCGAUGGUGUGAGCUGGUUAUUAAACACAAAUUCAAGGCAGGGUAUGUUGAUGUAGAGAAAUUUCUCAAGGAAGAUCAGGCAAUGGGUGUCUAUCUGUAUGGAGAACUGAUGGUGAAUGAGGACGCAACACAGCAAGAAAUUGCAUAUAGAAGUUUUGCUGCAACCCGGGACCAAAUGGAUCCAUCUUCAGCUAAAGUAGUGGCAGAGAUGUUAUUUUAAUGAGGAAAGAUCAGAGACUUUUAAAUAUAUCUGCUACCAAACGCUGGUGGUGCUAGGAUUUCACUGACCCUGGACAUCAAAGGAAGGAUUAUGUGACCACUAAAACAAUCAGCUGACAAACAUUUUACCCCAGUAUUUCUUUUUCAGAGGGUUCUGGCAAUCAAAAUAAUAAUAAAACCUCCUAUAGUCUCUCAUUCCCGCAACUGUCUGUGACUCCAGUGCACUGCCUAGCAUUAGCUCACUGAUGACGUUCAUUGUUAGCAAGAUUUGUUCUGUAAGUUAAGGCAGCUCUGUAUAAUAGGGGCCAUUGGCAAGUGAAAAUAAACCAGAAAGCACUCAUGCCUUUUUCUGAAUAGACAUUUUGGGCUCACUUAAAAUUGGUUGCUACACUCGGAUAUGCUGGCCCAAUUUAAGUUGGUCUCAAUUAUUAGUUAAUCUAAAUCCUGGAAUUCUUUAAACAUCUGUAUUAUAUUUUUGAAUAUGGAGAUGGGAGAAAAAUUAAAUUAACCCACGGACAUAAGAAAAUUGCAUUAUUAUAUAUGCCCUACUCUGUGUAAACUACUGAACAGAACAUUAACUCCAGUAUAAAGUACAGUUUACUUCAAUGUAAAAUACAUUGCUGGGAAUGAAACUGAUCCUGCUAAAAUCCCAGCAGAUUUAGAAGCCCUUUCUUUGUAACAGUGGCAGUGAUUUCUACAAAUAAAUUGUUUCUGUA